AUGCAUAGAAGCCAAGAGGAAGAUGUUAGUGAAAAUUUACCAGGCUUGGUAUGUACUCCGGGCGAGAAGACUACGACACAAGUGAUUCAUUCAGAUCGAACAGAUACUUUGGUACCGGCACAGCUUACUGUGAUGGAGCAAAAUGCUCUACUGAAGUAUAGUUUUGUUGUUUUUGAGCCUGUAAAAAACUGUUUAGCUUAUGAUAUACCGGCACAUGGAGAUUUGCUGACAAAAUUGAUCAGAAAUGGUCCAAAACAAUAUCCUUUUAAAUUUGACGAACUCAGAGACAUCCUUCUUCGAGGUUCACGAAUUUUCCUUGCAGAACCCAGUCUGCUGGAGGACCGAUUUCCGAAAAAUAUCUUUCUGUGUCGCGGAAAUCACGAGGAGGAAUCGCUAAAUCGUGCAUACUCGUUUCACGAUGAAGUUUGCAGCAGAUUUCCAGAUAAUCCGGGUAACCUCAUUCUAUUUUAA